AGAAGACCCCUUGUAUUCUUACUCUAGACAUAUACCUAGAUUUAGAGUCAACACUGGAACAUAUUCGAAUAUAUAUCGUGUUUGUUGCCUCGUUUAUUUAUCCUACUUAUUUAUUCAUUUCCAACUACAACUAUGGCUACUGAAACCUUGAAGACCUACACUUACGAAGAAGUGUCCAAGCAUAAGUCCCACGACGACUUGUGGGUUGUCUACAACGGUCAAGUCUACAACAUCUCCCCAUACAUAGAUGAACACCCUGGUGGUGAAGAAGUUGUCCUUGAUGUCGCUGGUACUGAUGCCACCGAAGCCUUCAACGACAUCGGUCACUCUGACGAUGCCCACGAAAUCUUGGCUGGCUUGUUGGUUGGUAAGAUCGAAGGCGGUGUCACCAAGGAAGUCAAGUCCAUUAUCAACACCGAACAAGAAGGUGGUUUUGGGUUCCCAGUCAUCGCUGUCGCUGUUUUCUUGAUUGCAUUCGCUGCCUACUACUUCUUGCAAAACAACUAACCUCCAAAUUCUAACCUUUGGACAGGUUCAGGCUGGUAAAGCUAUAAAUUGCCAUUCAUUUAAAGCUCCACCGUUUGUUAUCUAGUUUAUAGUUCUGCUCUGGAAUUCCAGAAAUAAACGUUUCACUAU